AUGAUGAAAGGUCUAAAGGGCGUGCUUUCUAGAAGCAAAUCACAGAAUCAAGGAGACUCGAAAUCUCGAUCCAAGCAACAACAACAACGUUCUUCCAACAAUGCCAAUCAGCAGCAGCAACAGAAAGCAACUUCACAAUCGCAACCUUCUUUAUCAACCGAUGCCAUAACACAACAACAGCAACAACAGCAACAGCAUGCAUCCAAACCGGCAACGACAACGGCAGCAGCAUCAGGAGGGAAAAUGCCAGAUUUACCGAAAGCCGGGGCUAGUGCUAGCAAUCAUCGUCUACCACCCAGCGUUCCCAAAGAUACGAUCCCCGUUGUUAAGACACCACGAAGGCAACGAUCUUCAAGAUUCAUUGCUCAACAAGAUCAUGUUGAAUUGGAACCAACACCACGCUUUAAUGAGGUAUCCCCUGCUGAACGACAAAAAUUGUUUAUGAGGAAGCUUGGCCAAUGCCAAAUCAUGUUUGAUUUCAAUGAUCCAGCCAAAGACUUGCGUGGAAAGGAGAUCAAACGUCAAGCGCUACAGGAAUUGCUGGAGUAUGUGGCUACUGGACGAGGCGUCAUCACUGAUAUGUUGUAUCCAGAUGUGAUUCGGAUGUUUGCUGUCAAUACUUUCCGAUCGAUUUCGCCCCAAAUCAAAACCAUUGCAGAAGGAGCUGAUGCAGAUGAAGAGGAACCUGUAUUGGAGAUUGCAUGGCCCCAUUUACAACUGGUGUACGAAUUCUUUUUACGCUUCGUGGAAUCACCUGACUUCAACACUCAAGUGGCCAAAAGAUACAUUGAUCAAAAGUUUAUAUUACAGUUGUUGGAGUUGUUUGAUAGCGAGGAUCCACGCGAACGGGAUUUUCUCAAAACGAUCUUGCACCGUAUCUAUGGCAAAUUCCUUGGGCUGCGAGCAUUCAUACGUCGAUCCAUCAGCAACAUCUUCUUCCAAUACAUCUAUGAAACGGAGAAGUUCAAUGGCAUUGCUGAGCUCCUUGAAAUCAUGGGAAGCAUCAUCAAUGGAUUUGCAUUGCCACUCAAAGACGAGCACAAGACAUUUUUGUUCCGUGUCUUAAUACCGUUGCACAAGCCGUCUAUGCUAUCACUAUAUCAUCCUCAAUUGGCAUACUGCGUCGUCCAGUUUUUAGAAAAGGAUCCAGCACUGACAACGGAGAUCGUCAUUGGGUUACUGCGAUAUUGGCCCAAGGUCAAUAGUGCCAAGGAAGUGAUGUUUUUGACUGAAAUGGAGGAGAUCUUGGAUGUUACGGAUGCGAUUGAAUUCAAAAAGAUUAUGGUACCUUUAUUCCAACGACUCGGGUCUUGUGUAUCCAGCCCACAUUUCCAGGUUGCUGAACGUGCUCUUUAUUAUUGGAACAAUGAAUACAUCGUGAAUCUUAUGGGGGAUAAUAUCGAGACCAUCAUGCCAGUCGUCUUUCCAGCUUUGUAUCGACAUUCUAAGGGCCAUUGGAAUCGGGUGAUCCACGAUCUUGUUUCAGACGCUCUACGCAUCAUGAUGGAGUUGAAUCCCGAGCUUUUCGAUGAUUGUAUUAAACGCUACAUCAAAGAAAAUGAAAACACACAAAAACGUCGACAGGACAAGGAAGAUCUAUGGAGGAAACUCAAGCUUCAAGCUGCACAGAAUAACGGGGGUGGUAGCAGUGGUGCAUGUAACACAUCAUCCAGCGAUACAUCCAAUAGUUCAUUGACGACCACCGUUGACGCUGGCAGCGAAAGCAGUGCGAACAACAAUCCUCUUCAUUCUCAACAAACCUACGACAAAAAUCAAGUUCCACCUAAUAAUGAUCCCGAUACCCCGUCUAUACAGCCUACAACCGAUAGUACAACCGCCACCAUUGUCACCGCUAACGAAAAAGAAGCAAUCGAUCAUCAAGUUUCUGACGAUGACGACUCUGAAACAUGUUCAUGGCACAGCUAUUAG